AUGUCUCUCCCACCGUUUACCUCAACAACAACCUCCUUCACCACAAUCUCAAACUCCCUCCCCUCGACAAAAUUCACAAUCCCCACCGAAGUCCCCUCACUCUUCUCCUUCGGCCCCGCCUUCUCCUGCUUCGCAAACUCUGUCUCUAGAGCCACGCCCUUGCCGUCUCAGUAUCCCAAGGACAAUCCUGGCGGCGCCGCAGCUGCGUGCGCCAUCUCCAACGACAUCGAAGUCAACGACCAUGCCUUCUGGGACCUGUAUGCGUGCUGCAAGAGCUUAGAUAUGGAUGCGGGAGGGCACCCGGAUCUUUGCACGGCGCAGUGCGCGGCGGGCGAGGGGCAGACCUGGCAGGAAAUGGCUGAGUGUUUGAGUAAGAGGGUGGAGGUUGUUGUGUGUAAGCCAGCGAGUGGGGGAUUUUUUGAGAAUGGAACGAGGUCGACUGGGUAUGGGAGUAGUGGUGUGGCGAGUCAGACGAGGACGAGUAGUGCGAGUGGGAGCGGAAGUGCGACGGGGAGUGCUUCACAAACUUCGGGAUCGGCUGGGGCGGGAAGUACGGUUGGUAUAAUGCAUGUUGGGGGCUCAAAGGCUGGAGUGAUGCUAUUCGCGGUGCUUGCUAUCGGAUCGUUCGCGGGAAUGAUGUUGUGA